UGUACAACAAACAAUUUACAAUACUUGCUAAUACAGUAAAAACACAUUACAAUACUUGUUAAAGCAAUAACAAUGCUUUACUGAACUUGUUAACACCACAUUCUUUCUCUAUCUGCGAGUGUGGUCGGUCGUGCCUUUGCGCGCAAGUAGUGAUUCUAAGUAAAUUCUUUGGCGCAGCUGUAUAAGUGUACAGGGUAAUUCGUGGUUUAAAUUAUUUAUUGAAAUACAUCACCUUCUUUGUGAUACUUUUGAGUGCGGGAAGCUUCCCAAACGUAAUAAUAUAAUUCUAAUCAAGUUGAGCAUCUGUAAUUCACCAGAUUUUGGGAUAAACUCAGGUGAGUGACUCUGCUUGUUAAAUUUUGUGAGACAUUGGUUUAUUUUUGUGAGGUCAGUGGUGAAAACAACUAUUUAAGUUGCCGUUUGAGGCAACCAAAAUAACCAAAGCCGACAUGGCGGCUUCGACUACAUCGUCGAAGGCGCCAUCGGUGGAGGAUUUUGAAGCCUUUGCGAGUUCUUACCUCGCAAAUGGGAAAAGACUUAAAAGAGACAGAGAAUCAAAUAUUGUCCAAAUGUUGGAAGUGCAUAGUUUUGGAAAAGGUGGGGUUGAAGGUGCAUGCGGUGAGGGUGUUUUGUCCAGCAACAAAAAAGUGGAAAGUGUAAAAAGUGCUCAGAGCGAUGCGAGUAACGGGAUUUUUACUGUUGAUGAGACGGCGUCGGUUAACGGUUCUUUCAAUGACAUACAGACAAUAAAUCAAAAUGAACAAGCAAAUGCUACAGUGACGGACAUAACAUUAUUCCCAAACAAUUUCACGGGUAGUUACUUUGUGCUGAUAGACUCCUCUUUAUGCAAAGACAUGGUCAAUGAGAAAAGAACAAAUGGUCUGACUCUGUUCAACCAAAUAAAGCAUCUAAGAAUCAAAGACAUCGAUUCCAUUCAUGCCAUUGGCAAGACACUUUACAAAAUCAUUUUUACUAAUUAUGCGUCAGCUAACAAUUUUAUUUUAAAUAGAAAAAUCAAGGAGAUGAACUUGAGAGCUUUUAUACCAAAGUCUGCCAUAGAGACGUAUGGAGUAGUGAGAGGAAUCCCACUCUCGUACACUGAUUCUGAUAUCAAAGCCAUAGCUAUUUCUUCAGUCCCAAUAAAUUCGGUCAGACGCUUUAACCGAAAAUCAGCGACAACUCUUUUACGCCCACAACUACCAUAAAAAUUGGCUUUGUUGGCAAAGAUAUCCCCAACCAUAUUGUAAUUGAUUACGUGAAAUUAGAUGUUGACUUUUUCAUCCCACCUCUUCGACAGUGCCUUAACUGUGGCCGCCUGGGUCAUACGCAAUAUGGGUGCAAGUCAAAGAAAAGAUGCAUUAAAUGCGGAGGAAAUGAAUGUGAGGGUGCCUCUUGUGUAAGAAAAUGUAUCCUUUGCGGAGACACUGAUCACUUUUCAGGGGAAAAGGAGAAGUGCAAAGCAUGGGAGAACGUGAAAUAAAUUAUGUAAAGGCUGUCAAAAAGCUCUCUAGGAGGGAGACAAUACACAAUUACUUCUCUGAUAGGGAAAAUCAGUUUCAAGCACUUGCGGUGGAUGAGGAUAUAUUCCCUUCACUGUCAAAAGAAACCAGCAACGUUCGCAAUAGGGACGUGAGUGUUAACAAGAAGUUAACUAGGACCAGGUAUAGUACUGUAACUAAAAAAGGUAUGGGUAAAAACGCAAAUGGCAGGGAACAAAAAGUGGUAGUUAGGGAAGUUAAGGAAAAUAAGCAAAUUCAGCCGGUAUAUGAGAGGCCAGAGUACCUCAAGAAUAAAGUCUCCCAAUUGGAGAAGCUAAUCGCGGAACUUUUUAAAAUUUUUCAAAAUAUAAAUGCCAGUGGGCAACUAGGGGAAGCUUUCUCCCAAAUGCAAAAAAUAAAACAAAAUUUUGAACUCUUUUCUAUCUAUGAAGAUGCUGAAACAAUAAGAUGUAAUGCCGAAAUCUCCUUAAAUUGAGUUGAGGUUAUUACAAUACAAUAUUCAAUCGCUAAAAUCGAAUUUAAAUGCCAUAGAGUUUUAUAUGAAUCAUAACAAUGUAGACAUAGGUUGCUUCAGUGAAAUUUUCACGUCACAUAAAACAGCGCGCAGGAACUUAAUAGGGUACAACAUAAUUGAGAAAACUAGGUCUGAUGGUUACGGUGGCGUAGCCGUCGUAUUAAAAAAAGAAAUAAAAUUUCAAAAGCUCAAUUUUAUGUCGGAUUAUGACAUCCUAAUAGUGCGAACCAAAAAUUGCAAACCAAAUAUAACUAUCUGCUCUGUUUAUUUUCCGCACAGUAUCGCCACGGAUCCUUUUCGUGAGGAAAUCGUGAAGCUGUUUUCGUACCUGGAAAACAUGGGGAAUGUUCUAAUACUUGGCGAUUUCAAUGCGAGAGCGAGAAUCUGGGGUGAUACAGUACAGUCCUGUCGUGGUAAUAACCUGCAAAAAAUUAUUUCAGAAUUUAAUUUUUUGAUAUUAAAUGAUGGAUCAUACACUUUUCAGAAUGAAAUAGGUUCAGCCGGUGGUUCAGUGCUAGAUUUGUCCUUUACAAACAGUAGUUUGUUCUUUGACUGGAAAGUAGACCCCAUUAGAGUAGGAGGAAGCCACCAUUUCCCGAUUUUGAUCGACACCUUGUCAGUCUCACUCUUAGCCACUAAAUUUGGUUCAAAGAAGAAAUUAAUGGAAAAUCUUAAGGAUAUUGAUUUGGAGCCCAAUUUUGAGGAUAUUCACGAAACGCUAAGGGAAGAAAUUGAUGCCGCCACGUAUGUGUUAAGGGGGAAAAGAACACCAAAAGCGUGGUGGGAUGAAUCUCUCUCAAAAAUGUACCGCUUGGUCAGAAUUGCUUUUAAAAAAUGUAGGGUAACACCUUCACCCCAAAAUUUUGAGGCUCUACAGGAGAUUAGGAAGGAGUGGAAAAAAAAAGUUAAAGAUGCAAAAAAGCAAAGUUUCAAUAACAAAAUUGAGGAUUUAAAUCUAGCUCCCACGACGAGAGAAGCCUGGAGGAUUGUAAAGGCGAUGAGAGGAGAUUACAAACGCAGUAAUGAUACCAUGUGGUCCAGGGAAAAUGACAAAGAUUAUCUUCUACUUCUCAAAACUCAAGUUCCACCAUCUGACAUAGCACAUCCUAUCAAUAGAGAGAUUAGUCCUGUAAAUGAACUAGCGAUUACUUUUGAGGAGCUCCACGAAGUUCUGUUCUCGAAGAACAGAGAUUCAGCAGGAGGAGUCGAUCAAAUUACAUACAAAAUGCUUAGAGCUCUGUCUCACUCGGCUCUAAACGAUGUCAAAACAGCUCUAAAUAAUGCGUUUCUUUCCAAUCAAAUCCCGGACAGGUGGCGCACAAUCAAGGCCUAUUGCCUUGAUUCCUGUUUUCCUCAAGUGCAUCAAUCUAUGCAUUAAAAACAGAAUCUCUGAUUUCUUGGAAGGAAAUGAUCUGUUACCGAAAUUCUCCUUUGCGUACAGAAGGAAAAAAUCCGCUACAAUGUGUAUUAACUAUUUGUUGCAUGAAGCAUCUGUUCUCAAAAGUCAGGGAUAUAAAAUUAUAAUAUGUUCUACUGAUAUAAGCAAUGCGUACAACUGUGUCCGUGUCAAUCGCUUGAAGACAGAGAUGAUUACAGCAGGUAUACAUGAGUCCUACAUAGAAUGGAUUAUAAAUUUUUUAUCAAAAAGAACACUUCAGCUCGGAAAGGAGACGGUUGAAAUUCAGGAUGGCCUGCCUCAAGGCAGCUGUUUAUCUCCGCUGCUUUUCAAUCUGUAUACGAAAAAUCUCCACUCCUUACAAGACUGUAACACCAAAUUUUUUCAAUUUGCGGAUGACUUUAUCAUAAUAUCGUUUCAUAGAAAUGUAGAACAGAUGGCUCAAAAUUUGCAACAAAAAAUAAACGACUUUUCCCAGCUGUGUGCGGAUAGCAACUUAGCCUUUAAUCCGUAAAAAAACGAAGGUUAUGUACCUGUGUAAUGGGCAUAAGACUGAGUUUGAGAUGCUCUGUCAAGGCAAAAGAGUUGAGAAGGUAAGGGCUCUGAAGUUUUUGGGCAGGUUCCUUAGUGCAUCUUUGACAGCUAAUGAUCACUAUGAGGAGAUAAUCAAGAAAUCUCAAGCUAAUUCUAAUCUUUUUAAGGCUAUAACUACAGUCAAAGCAGGGCUCCGCCCUCAAGUAGCUCUAAAUUACUAUAAAUCUGUGGUACGAAGCAAAAUAGAAUACUGCAGAUCCUCAACUGCGUAUUGAGCCAAAACCACAAGCAAAAAGAUCAGAACGUUUCAGAAUAGCUUUUUGAGGACAUGUUUGGGAUUAACGCCUGCCACUCCUGUUGUCCUUAUCUAUGCGCUCGCCAACGAACUUCCACCAGAAGAAAGAGCCAAAUGGCUAACUGCAAAGGAGCUCAUAAAUAACUUUGUCAUAGAUCAGUCGCUCAAAGAAUCGCUUUAUCAGUACCCGGCAGUUAAAUCUAGCUACAGUUUAAUUUUUAAUGAAUUCAGGCAGACUUUUGACAAUCUUGAAGUAGUUAAUGAACAAAUUUAUUCACCUAAUCUCAUUGUAAUUACCAAAACACUCACAUACAAAAAAAAAAAAAAUUGGCAUCUGAAGUCAUCAAAACGAUUUAUGUGGAAUAGUUAAACGAUUAUAAAAGAGCAGGUUUUAAUAUAUUUUAUACGGACACGUCAGUUGGGUCUAAUGUCACGGGAUGUGGAGUGUAAACUUAAUUUCCAAACCUCGUCCUGUUUUGGCGAAAUUGUAGCCAUUCACAGCGCUCUUGAAAUGGCAAAAAAGCACUCGAUCAGGAAGAUCGCUAUAUUUACGGACAGCCUUAUUGCCUGCCAACUUCUAACCAAGCAUAUGACUCAAAAUCAUUUAAUCUAUAAAAUACACAAGCUCAUACAGGAAGCAGAUUUUGACAGGGUGGCGGUUAUAUGGACGCCUAGUCAUAAGGGCAUUCCGGGAAAUGAGAGGGCGGACCAAUUAGCAAGGAAUGCAAUAACAGGUGAUUGUAUAGUUAAUGUGAAACUCUCGCUAGAUGAAGCGGUCAGGCAAAUAGGUAACCAAAUUAAGGAUAGAUGGUAUGAUGAGGUAUUAGAAUACUCCAUAAAUAAGCCCAACCUGUUCACUGAGAUUUUUAAUAGACGUCCAAACAAGACUUGGUAUAAAAAGUGCACCCUGAGUGCUCAAAAGACCAAGCUCAUCAACAGAAUCCUCACUGGAUGCGCUUACGAUACAGAAUACUUUUACAAGAUCAAACUAAUUAACUCUAAUUGGUGCAGUUGUGGACAAAUUUACAGCUUUUCUCAUCAAAUUUUUGAAUGCAGUCUCUGGGAUGGAGCUCGUGAGGACUUUGAUAUUUUUUGUGAAAGUUCUAACCUCAGCCAAUUGUUUCGCAAUUUUAACAUAAGCAAAAUCACUCAACUUUCAGAUUUUUUAAUGAAAAUAGAAGCAAAAUUUUAAAAGUAUAAAUUAUUUGGUUUAUCUGUGGUGGAAGUGCCGUCCACCGCGCUCUUUUUCCUAUCUACUUUCCCUUCUUUUACUACUUUUCUAAACUAUUUUUAUGUAAACACGACUACUAAUACAACAAGACGACAACUCGCUGCUGUCACAGAACAUCCAAGGCGAAUAUAUACAAUCACCUACAACUAUACUCAGCUGUUCCAUUUUGCAACUCUACCAAGAUAUAAAGAACGAAAGAUACAACCUGGCGAUCUGUGAACCACACUUCCUGCCAACAAUCAACCAAAUCCCAAAAAAAAAAAACUUGUUAACACAAUUAAACUUAUAGCUUGCUUAUUCGCAAC